AUGGCUGAAAGAGGCAAGCAGCCUUUAACUCCACAGAAGGAUGGAGCUAUCCGUAAGCGAAUUGGGAAACAGAAAGUACAGCGGGGGCCGCCGCGGGGAGAUGACGUACUUCCGGCGCACGGCCGCACGGGCGCCUUCGGAGGCGUGGAGGUGGGGCCUGAGCCCGUCCUUUCCGGGGCCACCCCUGCGCCUCGCCGGACACACCCGCAGCUACAGGGCUUUGGCCGACCAAGUGUAUACCAUGCUGCUAUUGUCAUUUUCUUAGAAUUUUUUGCAUGGGGCUUGUUGACAACUCCAAUGUUAACUGUUCUACAUGAAACAUUUCCUCAACACACAUUCCUCAUGAAUGGUCUCAUUCAAGGUGUAAAGGGCCUGCUGUCUUUUCUGAGUGCCCCCCUCAUAGGCGCUCUGUCUGAUGUGUGGGGCAGGAAGCCCUUUCUCCUGGGUACCGUCUUCUUCACCUGCUUCCCAAUUCCACUGAUGAGGAUCAGCCCUUGGUGGUAUUUUGCGAUGAUUUCUGUGUCUGGAGUCUUCUCAGUCACAUUCUCGGUGAUAUUUGCCUACGUAGCUGACAUCACGCAGGAGCACGAGCGAAGUACUGCUUACGGAUGGGUGUCGGCCACCUUUGCAGCCAGUCUGGUGAGCAGCCCGGCCAUUGGAGCGUACCUUUCAGCCAGUUACGGAGACAGCCUCGUUGUGCUGGUGGCCACAGUGGUGGCGGUUCUGGACAUCUGCUUCAUCUUAUUGGCUGUUCCAGAAUCUUUGCCAGAAAAAAUGAGGCCACUUUCCUGGGGAGCUAAGAUUUCUUGGAAGCAAGCAGACCCUUUUGCGUCACUGAAGAAAGUUGGAAAAGACUCUACUGUCUUAUUAAUUUGCAUCACUGUGUUUCUUUCAUACCUUCCUGAAGCUGGACAGUACUCAAGUUUUUUUCUGUAUCUCAGACAGGUCAUAGGUUUUGGAUCUGUUAAGAUUGCUGCAUUCAUAGCUAUGGUAGGAAUUCUGUCUAUUGUGGCUCAGACGGUCUUUCUUACCAUCUUGAUGAGAUCAUUGGGGAAUAAGAAUACUGUCCUCCUUGGCUUAGGCUUCCAGAUAUUCCAGUUGGCCUGGUAUGGUUUUGGAUCUCAGGCCUGGAUGGUGUGGGCAGCAGGGACGGUGGCCGCCAUGUCCAGCAUCACAUUUCCUGCGGUCAGUGCCCUCGUCUCUCGGAACGCGGAGUCAGAUCAGCAAGGAGUUGCCCAGGGGAUCAUAACUGGAAUAAGAGGACUGUGUAAUGGCCUGGGGCCAGCACUGUAUGGCUUCAUAUUCUACAUGUUCCAUGUGGAACUGACUGAGUUGGAAUCAGAGUUGAAUUCUGAUAAUGCUGCCCUGCAGGGAGCUGUCAUCCCAGGCCCGCCAUUUUUAUUUGGGGCAUGCAUAGUUCUUCUGUCUUUCCUGGUUGCCUUAUUCAUCCCUGAAUACAGUAAAGGCAGUGGCAUUCAGAAACACAGCAACAGCAUCAGUGGCAGCCUGACCAACACUCCAGAGCGGGGCAGUGAUGAGGACAUUGAGCCACUGCUGCAAGACAGCAGCAUCUGGGAGCUCUCUUCUUUCGAGGAGUCUGGGAAUCAGUGCACUGAGCUGUAAACUUGGCAGAAAAGAGGAUUCUGCUGAUGCCAUCUCUAAGAGCCAUGGGGAGCCACGCCACAUGGGAGACUUCAUGGUGCUGGAGGGGAGAUGCGGCGGCAUCCUUCAGGGCCAGGUUUGAGAAGUGACUCCCUCCACCUUUCUGCCUCCUUCCACCCUUCCACCCCCUCCUCCUCCUGGUCCUUUUCUUGUUGUUUGUACAGUAGAACAAGAUUUGAAGUACUUUCCUGCAAAUA